AUGGCGGUGCCAUGGUCCACAAGAUCCACCAGCAUCUCCAUGCCUCAGCUCAACAUCAAAGAGAGGGACAGCAGUAUGGUGAAGGAGGAGAUCAAAGCGUUCCUGGGGAACAGGAGGAUCUCUCAGGCAGUCGUGGCACAAGUUACCGGCAUCAGCCAGAGCAGGAUCUCCCAUUGGCUGCUGCAGCAUGGUUCUGACCUAAGUGAGCAGAAGAAGAGGGCCUUCUACCGCUGGUACACGCUGGAGAAAACCACACCAGGUGCCACUCUCAACAUGCGGCCGGCUCCGUUGCCUCUGGAGGAAAUGGAGUGGAGGCAAACCCCGCCCCCCCUCACCACUGCCCCUGGCACCUUCCGGCUGCGCCGGGGAAGUCGCUUCACUUGGAGGAAAGAGUGCCUGGCUGUGAUGGAGAGCUACUUCAACGACAACCAGUACCCAGACGAGGCCAAACGGGAGGAGAUUGCAAACGCCUGCAACGCUGUGAUUCAGAAACCAGGGAAGAAGCUGUCCGAUCUGGAGCGGGUCACCUCGCUGAAAGUUUACAACUGGUUCGCCAACCGUCGCAAAGAGAUCAAGAGACGGGCCAACAUUGAAGCCACAAUCCUGGAGAGUCAUGGGAUAGAUGUCCAGAGUCCUGGAGGACACUCCAACAGUGAUGACAUCGAUGGGAAUGACUUCACAGAGCAGGCCUGUGAUCUUCCCUAUUUUGACAAGAGACCUCUCAGCCGACCGUUUGGCCUUUACCGACUGGAGCCCACCUCACCAACACAGGAUGACAGCGCAGCACACAGCGAGCACCAGGACCCCAUCUCUCUCGCUGUAGAGAUGGCCGCCGUCAACCACACCAUCCUGGCCCUGUCCAGAACCGGAGGGGUCCCCAACGACAUCAAGACGGAGUCCCUGGAGGACGAAUGAACUGCACGGGACCCGGGAUGGAGGGAGCAGCGGAGAGGAGAAAGGGAAGGAGGAGUAGAAAAGUUUGGAAACGAGGGAGGGCUUAAAAAAAAAUGACUGAAAUAAUUCUACUUAGUAAACCACCUGAAUCUGUCCCUCAGCCAGCCCCCCUGCCAACCGCUGCCUGUCGUUCAGCCUCCCUCCUCCCUAAGUCCAUGUAAACAGUAAUUACCCCCCACCCUCCCCAAUAUAUUGACUCAGCUUGCAGAGAUGAGUCACUCUAUGUCCUCUGAUCUCUGUGAAAAUGUUCCAUGGAAAGCAGAAAAGGUGGCGAUCCAGGCCUUUAACCUCCCCCCCCCAAAAACAGUGGCUCUCAUCUGGGAUUGUGUCUCCCGGGAACUCCCCCCUCUCCUCCCUCAAUAGACACUCUCAUCACAGGAUACCUCUUCUCUUUCCUCUCCCCUUCCUCACUCCCCCCGUCCCUCUCUUUCUCUCCAGCCUGGUUGUCUGAGCCGAUCCUCUGUCUAUCUCACCUCAACGUCAACCUCAGAAAAAUAACAUGUACUGUAUAUAUAAUAUAUAUAUAUAUGGUUCUUAUGGUUCUCAGUCACUCACCUCACGGUGUGGCACCUACCUACCUACCUACCCCUCAAAAUGUCACCUUCUUCGUUGUGCAAUUCAUGGAAAGAGCAGCCUCCAGCCAUCGUCUUGGGAAAGAUGGAUGGGGAGUGUUUCCUUCUCUCGCUCUCUUGCACCACGGCUGUCAGAAAGGAUCAUAUUGGCAGACUGAACUGUCCCGUCACUGUCCUCAUCCCCUAUAGUUAACAUUCCUCUGUGGAAUGGCUUUUUGUUUUCCUACUGUAGAGCUGCUCUUGGAUGAAAACCUACAACAAGACGUAGCCUUAAUUCCAUACAGACAGCCACACAUUUACUUUUCGCCGUAUUCAGCAGGUUUAUUUCCUGACAGGGAAGAAUAAUAAACUUUUUAGUACACAUGUUAAUGUGGAGGUUUAUAUCCAACAGCAGCAGUGGUUUUACUUCUUUUACUGCAUUUCCUUGUUUUUAGGCCAAAUGGUGACUGAAUAUACAGUCAUGUUGCCUUGGUAUUUAGCUUCCCAGUGAUACUGUUGUUCAAUACUCGAGAACUUGAGAAUCAAUUUAGGGUGAUUGUGAUAAUCAAGCAAACUUAAGCUAAUCUAAUAAGGGGAAUUGUGCUUUGUUUUCAAUGUCAUCCAUGCCAAAGGAAAAGAUGCUUGGAGCAAAAAAGCUAAGAGGCAAAGCUGGGACUGAUCUAAAAAUGGUGUUCAUGUCGAUCCAAAGCGAUUUCUACUAACUCCUUUGGUGUACGUCGUAGUUUUCUCAUGUUCAGUGAAGCCUCGUGUGCGGGCUUGAAACUACAGCAGGCCUGUGUCAGUAAAGAUGGGUAUUAGCAGCCAGACAUAAUGAUAAAAUACCCCUAAGCUAUUUACUACUUGUUCUGUGACGCUGCCUCUUUAUAAUCGCCUAAAGAAAUGUGCUUUGAGAAGAUUUUUUAUUCCUAUCGGUGGUAUCAAAUUAGACUAAAUUCACACUGGAAAUGGUUCAGAGUUCAUCAGGACUUGUUAUGCCUUUUUUGUUUUCUUUGUUUUACAUCUGUAAAGCCUCAAUGGUUGAUGCACCACUUGGAAGGGAAUCAGAAUCAAAGACACUCUUAAGUGACGAUAUGGGAAAUAAUUAUCCACCAUGUAUUUUUAGUAUUUUUGUUCCAAAACCAUCUUUGACUGAAGGUCAUUGUAAAGUCAUGUGCAGAGAUGAAAUGUUCCUUUAGAGUAUUAAGACCCGUGUUUGUCAAGUAAUAGCACUUUGUCAGUCUGAGACUGAUAUUUCAGAUUUUACAGGAAGAUUAAAUAUUGGUUUGAAUAUUUUGGGAAAAUGUGAUCAACAAUCAUGUCCGUGUGCUAGAUAUGAAACUAGAGCAGUAGCCAAUAGCUUAGCACAAAGACUGGGAAAUGGCUAUUCUGUUUCAUUUAAGGUAAACCUGUGUGUAUAUCUUAAAACCACUUAUUAGCAUUCGGUAGUUAGUUUUGUCAGAGUCGUGCAAAAAAGACGUGGUUUGAUUUAAUCUGGAUAUAUACAGCGACUUCCUGUUCGCUAUUUAAGACUUUUUAAACAACAUGUCAUAAUUGGUGAACAUUUUAAGGUGCUAGUGCCUCAAAAUUUCACUUUUGGACAGAGGCAGAAAGAAAAAAUGUUUUCUUUUGCUUCCAGUCUUUAUGAUUAAUUUAUCUGCACGUUUCAUUUCACCUGCCCAAUAAAAACAGUGAAUUACUUUGAAACAUACCAGAUUUAAGUAGCAGUAUAUUUAAGUAAUACGCUGGAGGUAGAUGGACUUAUUUUUGCCCUGAGCUGAGCCUCCCACCCCCCUCUGCUUCCAAUCUUUAUAAAGCUAACAGACUCCUAGCUUUAGUUUCACAUUAAGCGUAGCGACAUGAGAGCGUUGUUGAUUUGGCAAAAAAAAAAAAAAAAAAAGUAGAGAAGCACAUUUCCCUGAAUGUCGAGCUUUGUCUUUAAAGGAACCGCUGCCUUAGUGAUGGUUUUGGAGAAGAGGGAAAAUAUUUUACAAAGCAGGAUUUAAACGAAGCAGUCAACCAGGAAGUGUGGGACAGAAAGUGACGCAUCAAAUAAUCUCGUGUGAGGAUCCUGUGAGUAGAGUAUCUUCCAGCUCUGUGCUAUAGCUAGUGAACUAUUUAAUUCUACUUCUUCCAGAUGUACGGAGCUGCGAUACAGUGACUGGGACCUUUGUUUCAAAAAGAAAGGGUUGAAAGAUUCAAAACAAUAUGUAUUUAUACUCAGUUUUUAUGGUAAUGUACAAAAAAAAGAAUGACAUAUGUUUUUGAAAACAUGCUUUUAUUGUUAAUCUUGCUUUUUAAUUUCUCCUGACUUCUUGUUCUAUUAUCAUUUUAAAGCGUUUAUUUUGUGUCACCCUUUGUUUGGCUGAACAACAGUCUCCCCCGUUUGUGUCCGAGCUAGUAAGCUGUUUUGUGAAAGAUUUAAAGAAAAAAACGAUGCACCUUAUGAAAAUUGAGACUAAGCUUGACAUUUAACCUUCCUUCCCGCAAGCCUUCCUCUGAAAAGACAAAACGUCUAGUGUAAGAUAAAGGAGCUGGUGUGAAUAAUCAGUUCAGCACAGUUGCUUCUGACAUCAUGGGAAAUAAAAGCCCCAGAAUGUGCCAUUUUGUAAAAUGUCACACCAAACUUCAUAGAGAAAUGUAGCAUUUUAACAUUGACUUUAUACAUUGAAAAUCAUAUAUGCCACAAAUAUAUCGUUGAAUUUCUGAUGACAACUACAAUUCUAUCUUUUAUCACUAGAUAGUGGUUCCAUGUAUGAAAAUACAAGGUUCCAUUGUGUUCCAUUACCCUAAUAUUGAAGUUAAUGGAAACAGUUUGGUUAAAUGUCUGAAACUAAAGAAACUCGAGUAGUUUUUGCCACUGACACCAAAAAACUAAAUUGUAAGCAGGAGGUGAUCUAUUCCUUUAUUAGCUGAUUCACACUCCUCACUUGCCAAGCACUGAGUGUGUUUUCUACUUGAAGGGUUUGGUGUGACAAUAAUAAAGAAUAUUGUGUGUUAGAAAUAGUGAAAUUAAUCUUGUGUGGAAGGAAAACAAAUCAGAAGAGUGCAUUUAGAGAUUAUUCUCUCGGUAUAAAAAGCUUCAAUUAAUUGCCUUCAUGUUUGAGAGAUACCAUGAUGGCCCGUUUAGCAAAUACAAGUUUUAAUCCUGCAGUAUUUUAUGAGUGUUCGAGCUUGACAGAAAUGUUCGUGGGAUGGAAGAAAGAACCCUAAGGUGCUCAGGAAGUGAAGAUUCUGUGCUUUUCCAGGAGAAAACAGGGGGAAAAAAACAGACUGAAACCUUAAAACAGGCUCUCCUCCACCGGUGGUGCUUACUCUGAAGGGGCGUCCUCUUGUGGUGUGUCAGGGUCAACACGUCUACAUGUCCGUCUGUCCCCGGUGAAACACCAUCCACUUCAUCCCGAUAUAGCUCUGAGAAAGAGGACUGAAUGCUGUUGUAUCAAUCUUCAAUCUAGUUAUGUUCAAAAUUACUGUAUUGCCCAUUUCAGAAUUUAGUGCCUUUUUUGGACAGUAGACUGUUCUGUAAUUAAGAUGUAGUAUAUAUACAUUUUUUUGUACAGUUUCUUUGUUCAUUUUUUUAACUUGUGUUUAUUUUAGUAUGAUAUAUAUAAUGUACAAGAGAAUAAAGCUAUAUCAACGAGA